GCAGUGACAUGAUAUGAAAUUAAGAUGCUUCAGCCAGGCCACCACCACUCGCAGUUUGCAGCCCAGAUCUGAGUUCAGGAUCGAAAGUAAACGCCGUAUCGAUCGGCCCAAACAGCCAGGCCCAGUGAGCUGGGAAAUCGAUAUUGGCCACCUCCCAGCCAGCUUACUUCGAAUGUUCAAGAUGGACGCCGCAGACUUCUGGCAGCAGGCACGUGCCCCGUUCGGUCUGCAAACGGCGCUCCAUCAGUACAAUUCGCCCCCCAAUCAGCAACAAACGCCCCACCACUCCCUGCACCACUCCCUUCCGCAGGAGCAUGAGCUGCUGGCCGAAGUCCACCCAGGGGCAGGAGAAACAGCCGCAGUGAACAGCAGCAGCUCCAUGGCCGUCUCCAGCCCCCACCCCCCUCUGGGCAGCAAGGCCGAGUCCAGCCACCUCCUGCAGCACUCGGAGCAACAGUCCUAUGGGGGCGACUCCUUCCGGGGCUCGCAGUCGCCCCAGCUGAGCAGCCACCACCUGUUGUUUAACGCAGCUGCGGCCGCCGCCGCUGCGGCCCACCUCAAGUCCACGGCCAUGCAGAACAACCUCUCGCCAAUGGGAGAUCAGGCGCAGAGUGCCCUGCGCAACUAUGGCCACGGCUCGCUGACCGCCUUGUGCGGGAUCAAGCCCAAGCAGGAGAUGGAUGCCAAGCCGCCCCUCCAGCCGCUGGAGCAGGCGCAGACCCAGCCCCCGUACGGCGGAGACUUCUACGACGUGGGCGAGGCGCCGAGAGGGGAGGUCUCCGAGGCAGAAGGACGGACGCUGACCAUUGGCCUCGGCGGAACCCAUACGGGGUCCUCCGACGAGGCGCAGUCCAAUUUGCAGGACCAGCAACAGACGAUGGCGGGCCGGGGCUUGCAGACGCCGCAGUGCAAGGCAAUGUCCCCCGGGACAGGAGGCCACUCGAGCUCGGGGACAGGACCCAGACCCGGGCCAGCCAUGAUCAACAAGACCUUGUCGCAGGGUCAGCAGUCCCCGCAGCACUCCACGACGCCGUCCGGCGGCAGCACGACGCCUGACAUCAAAUACAACAACGAAAAAAUGGCCAACGAAAUUCAGCUUCAGCUAUCCCGUUCGAGCAGCGCAGCCGCGAUCAGUGAACGCACCCUUGAAGAAUGUUGGUCAACCCUGCAACGACUUUUUAUGCACAAAAGCGCGAUGCAGCAAAUACAGCAACAGAUUCCCCGCGUCGGCCUCGGAACCCACGGUGUGACCGGCACGGCUAACCUGAGCGGCAAUAUCACGCCUGGAUCGGAUACCAAGCCCCACCAGUGCCAGCAAUGCAUGAAGAGCUUUUCCAGUAACCACCAGCUGGUGCAACACAUCCGGGUGCACACUGGAGAGAAGCCGUACAAGUGCUCCUACUGUGAUCGUAGAUUUAAGCAGCUGUCGCAUGUCCAGCAGCACACGCGCCUGCACACAGGAGAACGUCCCUACAAAUGCCACCUGCCAGACUGCGGUCGAGCCUUCAUACAGCUUUCAAAUCUGCAGCAGCAUCUACGAAACCACGACGCACAGGUCGAACGUGCAAAAAACCGUCCCUUCCACUGCAACAUUUGUGGGAAGGGCUUCGCCACUGAGUCCAGCCUGCGCACACAUACAUCUAAGGAGCUACAGCUGCAUCUUGGUGUCUUGCAGCAGCACGCCGCUCUAAUAGGUGGUCCAAACGCCACGUCCUGUCCUGUGUGCCAUAAACUUUUCCUUGGCACCGAGGCUCUUGUGGACCACAUGAAACACGUUCAUAAAGAAAAGAGUCCCCCACCUAGUGGAUCAGCCUUAUCCCAAUUCAGCGAACUAAAUCAGGGAGCUACGGGCAGCGGGAACGGAAAUGGAACUGGAACUGCCAACGAACAGAUCUCUGCGCAAUGCACAUCGGAGUCGAGCUGCGCACAAAGCUCCCAUCAAGCCACUGCUGGUAGCUCCAACCUAAUCGACAGCUACCUGGGCAAACGAAGGACUGCCAAUCAUCCCUGCCCAGUGUGCGGCAAACACUAUGUCAACGAGGGAUCCCUUCGGAAACAUCUGGCAUGCCACGCCGAGACCUCCCAACUAACGAACAGCCUGCGAAUGUGGCCUUGUAGCGUUUGCCAGGCAGUCUUCACUCAUGAAAAUGGCCUUCUUACCCACAUGGAGUCAAUGCGCAUGGAUCCGAAACACCAGUUUGCGGCCCAGUAUGUUUUGUCUCGAGCGGCUGCGGAACAACGAGAGCGGGAAUCCCUCCUAGCGGUGACCUUGGCCGCCAGCAGUGGCACUGGCGGCAGAAUUGGGAUGGCGGAAGGAGGGAACGCGAUGACAAUGGGCGCACACAACUCGGAGGGGUCCAACUCGAAGUGCCCGUCCCCGGCGAACUCCGAGUGUUCUUCGAACGGACGUCUGACGUCGUCGACAACGUCUGAUCAGGACCAAGACAUCGACCAUGGGUCUAGUGAGAACGAGAACAGCAACCAGAACAACAUCACCAGCAGCACCAAUAACAACAAUAAUUGCACCAACAACAACAACUCAGGUUCCAAUAAAAUGGCUGAUCUUCGACUUCCGAGCUCCGGCCAAUACACCAUGGACACGGACCUGCACGUGGCCAACCGAAUGUCGCUGAUGGCUGCUGCUGCUGCCGCAGUGGCCGCAUCACGCCCCCAGGACGGAGUGGACAACUCAGCCGUGCCCAGCGCUGCGGUCCAAGCAGCUGUGGUCAAUCUGGCCGCUGCCAUGCGAAUGAACAAUCCUAGCAACGGCCCCACCGCCUACCAACAGCAUCACGGAGACCACACUCAGUCACACCACCCACACCACCCACACCACCCACACCAGCAUCCCCAUCCACAUGCACACCCUCAUCACCAUCAACAGCAGCAGACCCCUCAGCACCAGCAGCAACAACUGUCCCAUUUGCUGGUGCACCCCGGCAACAGCCACUCCCGCUCUCAACGAUCUCCGAACUUAAGUGUGCCCAGUCUGCAAAACGAAUCAUCUGCUGCAUCUGCCGCGUCGAUUGCAAUGAACAUGAACGUGCAUAUGAUGCGCGGUUCCCUGGAGCCCGACCCGGGCCUGGGAGGAAUGCAUCCGAUAGAAGUCCUCCACCAACAGCAGCAGCAGCACCACCACCAGACGUCCAACUACUCGCAGCACGCCGUCACUCCUACCAACCAGCAGGCCCAUCCGCACCCAGGUACCCAGGUACACCACACCGCCCACCAUCACCCGGAUCCGGAAACAGCACUUCGCAUGCACCAGGCCGAAGCGAUUUUGCGCUCCCAUACCGAGGCUGCUUUCCGACUGGCCACUGGCGCCGUUCCUGUUCCUGUUCCCGGCCACGGAGUGAAGAGCGAGGAUCAGCAGCAGCCCAGUAGCAACGGCAAUGCCUGUGGCAGUGCUGGCAGUGCUAGCACCAACGACCAACAGCAUCGGUUCCAUUCACACUCCAAUCAGCAGGAACAUCAACUGCCAUCGGGCUCAUGAAGUUCGACGAUUGAACCUUCUCCAGGGGAGAAGUAGUUUGGGGAUGAUAUGGGAGAUACAGAAUCAAGUACAACGAUUUUCCUAUUGCGAUGAGUGCAGUUAAAACAAUAGGAUUGAAUACAUAUGAAUGCGUAAGCUUCGUAAGCUAUCGUACAUAAAAUAAUGUAUGGACAAGGUUUUGAUGUAAAUGAGAUUAUGUUUGUAUGUAAGUAUAAAUAGGCACCAACCCCCUAGGUUAGAAAGCGACCCCACUCAUUGUGCAAUAAUAAAAACUAAAGUCAAUGUCGGCAGAUAAAUAUAUGUAAAAA